GUCACGAUCAUUAAGUUAACCAACCAAAGUACUCUUGGAGGCUGAACCAACGAAAGAGCUCCAGGUUUCUCUCGGCGACCCGCGCUUGCAAUCAGUAAACCUCUUACCUCAUCCUUCAACGUUCAAAACUUAGAAAUGUCAACUUCGACGCCACUGGCAGAGGCCUCAUUAGAUGUGCUCGUCCGCUCGUUCAUGAUGAUCAUAUUCUCCGAGAUAGGCGACAAAACCUUUUUAAUCGCUGCAAUCCUCGCAAUGCGCCAUCCGCGUUUCACCGUCUUCGCAGGUGCCUUUGGGGCUCUUUUCCUCAUGUCCAUGCUGUCCGCAGCAUUGGGUCACCUCCUCCCAACUCUCAUACCAAGACAAUGGACGCAGAUUUCAGCCGGGAUACUCUUUCUGGUAUUUGGCAGCAAGAUGAUGAUGGAAGCACGGGGAAUGCAAGGAGGGAACGAGAAGAUACAAGAAGAGAUGAAGGAAGCGGAAGAAGAGAUUGAAGGUGAUGAAGAAUCGGGGGAUGCGAUUCCACUUGAACGCCUCGAGGAGGGAGAGGGUGAUACAGCUCCUCCACCAACGUACUCGAGAAAUCGGAGUAAAAGUCUGGGUAUUGCAGAAGGUGUUCGAAAUUUCUGCAGUCUCAUAUUAGGUCCGGUCUUUGUUCAAGCCUUCGUCCUUACUUUUGUUGGGGAGUGGGGAGAUAGAAGCCAGAUUGCUACGAUUGCUUUAGGUGCUGCUCAUAAUGUCUACCUUGUGACGUUAGGGACAGUCAUCGGGCACACGUGUUGUACUGCGCUGGCUGUAAUGGGUGGGCGUUAUGUAUCGACCAAAAUUUCCGUCAAGCAUGUGACCCUAGGAGGCGCAGUUCUUUUCCUCAUAUUUGGCGUCAUCUAUCUCUAUGAUUCGUUUGCCACUUCUGCAGAAGAAUUCUCGAUACCUAUCAGUCCGGCUGGCCAGUAAUAUCCAUGUCUGUGGCUCAUUGCCGUUGAUAUGAUUAGACUUCAGUGGAGGUUGCCCAGCAAUUUAGCGUGGCGACAUUAUAUCCCCAGCGGUACCUACUUCCACUUGAUUAUUUAACUCCCUAGCAUAUAAUUAUGAUACACUACCUGAUAUUCUGUCUUGUGCUUGACAAUGACAUUAAUAUCGCUGUACUAUGGCAUUGCGCGGUGGUCUCAUACGUAGUUGACAGUCCAGUUUCCAUAGGAUGAGCUCCGCCACAUUGUAACUAUUUAUUACAUCAAAUCAGCGAUGAUAUCCC